GAGGGCGGGGCGAACAGGGAGUUGGGGCCGGAGGCGGCGGCUCUGCCCGCCUCUCUCUUGUCCUGGGUCCCCAACUCCGGGACUUAGACCGAGCACAGCCAACAGUCUCCAAAACCAGCCACUGGCUUUCCCGGGGCGCAGACGCCAAGGCCACUCAGGCCAGGGCAGGGACCCCGGCCGGCCUAGCCAGUGCUCAGCCCCAUGGCCCCGGCCGGCCACUGAGCCCCACCAUGGGCGGCUUAUACUCAGAGUACCUCAAUCCUGAGAAGGUUCUGGAACACUACAAUUACACCAAGGAGACGCUGGACAUGCAGGAGACCCCCUCCCGCAAGGUGGCCUCGGCCUUCAUCAUCAUCUUAUGCUGUGCCAUCGUGGUGGAGAACCUUCUGGUGCUAAUCGCAGUGGCCAGGAACAGCAAGUUCCACUCAGCGAUGUACCUGUUCCUUGGCAACCUGGCAGCCUCCGACCUGUUGGCAGGCGUGGCCUUCGUGGCCAACACCUUGCUCUCGGGGCCUGUCACUCUGUCCUUAACUCCCUUGCAGUGGUUUGCCCGAGAGGGUUCAGCCUUCAUCACACUCUCCGCCUCGGUCUUCAGCCUCCUGGCCAUCGCCAUCGAGAGACAAGUGGCCAUCGCCAAGGUCAAGCUCUACGGCAGUGACAAAAGCUGUCGAAUGUUGAUGCUCAUUGGGGCCUCUUGGCUAAUAUCGCUGAUUCUGGGUGGCUUGCCCAUCCUGGGCUGGAAUUGUCUGGACCAGCUAGAGGCCUGCUCCACUGUGCUGCCCCUCUAUGCUAAGUACUAUGUGCUCUGCGUGGUCACCAUCUUCUCCGUCAUCUUACUGGCUAUUGUGGCAUUGUAUGUCCGAAUCUACUUUGUAGUCCGCUCCAGCCAAGUGGAUGUUGCUGGUCCUCAGACACUGGCCCUGCUCAAGACGGUCACCAUUGUACUAGGUGUUUUCAUCAUCUGCUGGCUGCCAGCUUUUAGCAUCCUUCUCUUAGACUCUACCUGUCCCGUCCGGGCCUGCCCUGUCCUCUACAAAGCCCAUUAUUUUUUUGCCUUUGCCACCCUCAACUCAUUGCUCAACCCUGUCAUCUAUACAUGGCGUAGCCGGGACCUUCGGAGGGAGGUGCUGAGGCCGCUCCAGUGCUGGCGGCGCGGGAAGGGAGUGACGGGACGCAGAGGUGGGAACCCUGGUAACCGGCUCCUGCCCCUCCGCAGCUCCAGCUCACUGGAGAGAGGCAUGCAUAUGCCUACAUCGCCAACAUUUCUGGAGGGUAACACAGUGGUCUGAAGGGAAAAUGUGAACUGAUAGUUAACCAAGCCACAGAGAGCUCUGUGGAGAGAGACCAGGUGACCUCAUGAUGUCUCUCAGCCCCACAGGUCUGGAGGAACUGACCACAGCUCAUAGGUCAGGUGGCCAACGGAAGCACUGACUAAUUGGAUUGUAGUACCAAGACUGUGGGGACCAUUAAGGGUCUAGGGUGACAGCAGGCUGGAGCCUCAGGCUAGACAUUUGCCACUUGCUACAAAAGGUCUCAGCAUUCUGUCUGUCCUAUCUUCCGGCCCCCUGGUUCCCUUCCUGCCUCCUCCAUUUAAGGGCCUCUCUAUGUAGCCCUGACUGGCUAGAACUUGCUAGGCAGACCAGGCUGACCUAGAACUCACAGAGAUUUACCUGUCUGUUCUGAGUGCUGGGAUUUUAAAGCUCUGUACCACCACACCCAGCUCCUGCCACCUUCCAUAAACAACCUUAGGCUACUUCUUGAGGAAACACUGUCCCCAGAGGACCCAAGGCUUCUUCCCUGUCUAUCUGAGGCCUAAAUCCACAGCUUCCCCAAUUUCAUAAACUGCUGCUUCUUCUCUUUCCUUUCAUGUUCGGGGAAAGGAAACCACUGUGGGGGCAGGGAGGAGUCCUGGAAUCCCAAUCUUUAUUCUCAGAUCUCAUUGACCACUUGCUUUAUUGGGGAGCAGUGAAGAAUCCGUUGAGGCAGUGUGGGGCAGAUGUUGAGGAGACUUUGGGUUUCCUGAUGAGGACACUCUAGGGGAGGUAUUGAUCAUUCUGGGAACCCCUUCUCCCAUACCCAGCCUCCCUCCACAUGAGCUCCUUACCCCUUAACCCUUUUCCAGGCACCAGGUCCCCUAAGGCAGAGCAGCCUUGAACUGGAUGUAGCUGCUUGCAAUUUGUUGUUUUUAAAAAUUGGGACAGGGUCUCAUGCAGCCCAGGCUGGCCUCCAACUUACUAUGUAGCCAAGGCUGUCUUUGGACUUCUGAUCCUCCUGCCUCCGCUUCUGGAGUGCCGGUAUCACAGGGGUGCACCACCACCACCACCUGUCUUGAAAAUGACCAUGAAUGACAUAGUUCACAGAGCUAUGGAUGGCCAAGGACAUUCCUGGGUACUCUUAAGCAUCUUCCCUUGAAGGACUUUGCUAAAUCCUGUGGAGAAAUAGAAAAUCCAGUACGGUACAAACUGUAUUUAUAUGUGUCUGUGUGUCCAUGUGGGGUCUGUGACCUCCUGUCCAGUCUGGGUGCUGCCUGACCUCUUAUGUGCACAUCUAUGUCAAGACUGCUAGAGAGAUAGGCGGGGGUGUGUCCGUGGGGCCUGGCCACGGUCAGGCCUCCUGGGAAUCACUGAUUCAUCUCUCCCACACACAGAAACCUCUGCCUUAAAGAAAUGUGUGGAAGAAAAGGCUGAGGAAGGGGAGACUUGGGAGGCAAGGAGCCAGUCGGGAGUGUGUCUCCCCUCAUACAGCUUCCCAGAUGUCCCCCUUAUGCUGGAAACCCAGAUCUGGGCCAAUAAACAGUUCGAUUUCUCUUGC